AUGCCCACAGAAUUAGAGGAACUAGUUGAAUUUUUGCAUUCACCUCAGCAUGCAGUGAAACAGAUAGCUUUGGAUAACCUGGUGCAGUUUUCUCCAGCAAAUGCUAAUCCAAAACUGUUCGCCUAUGACAAUUAUAGACCAAUCAAAGAUUUGAAAGAGAUAGCUUUAAAACGACCCGAAACAACGACAACUAUUAUGGUCGGGCAUGCGGUUACUAUUUUGGCUAAUCUCUGUAGUGAUACUGAAAUGAGAAGGCUGAUCACGGAGGACGAUGCAUUUAUACAAUUUGUUGCCUCGUCAAUCAUCGACCUAACUAACCGAAACGCUGAUUUGUUUUGUAUAUUGUUGGCAAACAUGGCUAAGUUGGAUUACAUCACCAGAAUUUUUGACAUGGACAUUUCGGGUGUUUCCAAGGAUGACGCUUUCACUAGUUCAAACAUAAUGGAUUGCCUGAUGGACUGUUUUGUCAAAGGUGCAGACAGAUCUUUAAAUGUAAAUGCAAACUUUGAUUAUUUGGCUUACUUCUUUGCUGAUAUUUCAAGAUUCAAGCACGGAAGAGACUACUUUGUGACUGAGCAAGACUAUGAUAAUGUUGUUCCCAUUUCAAAGUUGUUGGUUUUCACAGAGAAGUAUGAUUCCAAAGUGAGACGAGAAGGAGUAGCUUCAACAAUUAAGAACUCCUUAUUCGACACUGAAAAGCAUAUGAAGCUGCUCACUGAUGAAGCCAUCAAUCUGCUACCAUACAUACUUUUACCGAUUGCUGGGUCUGAGGAGCUAGAUGAGGAAGAAAUGUUCAACUUGCCAGAAGAAUUGCAACUACUGCCUGCAGACAAAAAGAGAGAGCCAAUAAGUGACAUUAUUGCUGUUCAUCUGGAAAGUUUACUAUUGUUGUGUGUAACAAGAGAAGUCAGAGAAUUAUUAAGAGAAAAAUCUGUUUAUCCUUUAAUCAGGGAACUUCACAAAGUCACAAAGGAUGAACUAGUGGCAGAACUUUGUGACCGUUUGGUACAAAUGUUAAUGAGAGACGAAGCACCAACUACUCAAGAGGUGGACGCAAUGAACAGCGAUGAAAGCGAUGAUGAUGAGGACAGAAUUGUAGAAGUUGCAUAA